AUGGGUACUUACUCUUUCGAUCCAGUUAAGUGUAGAUAUAGUCUUUCAAAAAUGGUGAUUUUGCAUAAGUAUCCUUUGUCUAUGGUUGAUCACAUUGGAUUUCGAGAGUUCUUGCAUGACCUACAACCAUUGUUUAAGGUUCCUUCUCGCAACACUUUGAAGAGCAACAUUUUGAAAAUCUAUGAAUAUGAGAGAGCCAAAAAUAUGAUUGCACUUGAGAAGAUUGAGAGUCGAAUUUCGAUCACUAUCGACAUGCGGACCUCUUCUAAUCAAAAGAGAGGAUUCAUGGUUAUCACUGCUCAAUUCAAAGAUGAUGCACGGAAAUUACAGAGUCGAAUCAUGAGGUUUAUAUAUGUGCAGUGCCCACACAUUGCUGAUGUGCUUUCAGAAACUCUAUUGAGCAGCUUGAUGGAUUGA